AUAAAUAUUAUACUAACACUACUCACAAACGUAACCCUAGCCUCCCUACUCGUACUAAUCGCAUUCUGACUACCCCAACUAAACGCAUAUUCAGAAAAAACAAGCCCAUAUGAAUGUGGAUUUGACCCCAUAGGAUCAGCACGCCUCCCAUUCUCAAUAAAAUUUUUCCUAGUAGCCAUUACAUUUCUCCUUUUUGAUCUAGAAAUCGCCCUUCUCCUUCCCCUACCAUGAGCAUCCCAAACAAACAAUCUAAAAACAAUACUUACAAUAGCACUAUUCCUUCUUAUCCUACUAGCAGCAAGCCUAGCAUACGAAUGAACCCAAAAAGGCCUAGAAUGAGCAGAAU